UUUGGCCCAAAAUAUAGUCAAAUCGCGCUACAGUUCCUUGAGUGAAAACCUGACACCUACAAAUUUUUCUCUAUCUUUUUGAAUGUGGAUGAGGUCCCUAACAAUUCAACUCAACGAGGAAAGUUCACCUACAUUUGACAAAUUGUGGGAGUUAGGAAAAAAUUACGAUAACUUUGAAAGAAACCGAAGUUAAUUUUACUUUUUCGAGACGUCUAACUGCCGUCAACUUUUUCUUGUGGUUACCUAAACUCCCAACUGUGGUAGCAGUCUAAAAGUAAAACUGUAUUAACGUAAACAGUAAAAAGCAUCGUAAUUUUUGCCAAACAUGUAAGCCUGAUUUUCUUUUAGGCCUCAAAAUUUUUUCUAGGUGAACAGAAAAUUUUCAAAUUUGAGUCAGAAUUGCAGCCGUUCCAGGGUAUUUGGUUGUUAGUUGUUGCAUCAAAAGUUCAUCAGAAAACAGUAGCUCCGCUUAUUUCUACAAAGUCCAGCUAAGUCGAGUUAAUUGAUUUCCAUUUUAAUGUUUAUAGUUAACGAUGUUUAGCGAUGUUUAGCUAGUAACAGUUACUAAAUACAUAUUUUAAUACCCAUAGCGCGAAAUACAUGUGAGUAUGAUCUAAUGCACUUCACAUUAAAGCUAAACUGAAUGAAAUAUACAAAUACUAAAACAACUAUCCCCCUCAGGGUCGGUUCAUAGCGCUAGAUAUAUAUACCUCGAACCACCACUAUUCACCUCCCCUUCGGGGGAUAGUGGUAAUAUAUAGAUUUAGCCAGCGCUAAAAGCGAAGCUCCCAUUAAUAAAUUUGUAAUUUCAAUCAAACAAUAAACUUGUAUUCCACAAAUCAGUUCACUUUAGAGCACAUUCAUGUGACUUUUGUUUUGAGGGAUUAAGGCUAAGUGAUUUGAGAAAAAAGUAAUUUGCUAACAGUCCAAGAGUGCACCAAAUCUUACAUCGAGUUGACGGCCUUUAUAUGUACACCCAAAAAAUAGCAAUCAUCUUCGAUCACAUUUAACGUCCAUAAUGGUUCUUGAUCACAGUACAUUAGGCGUGGAAAGCAAAUACUGGGAAAGUAAAUCCGGCAGAAUUUUUUCCGUUUGACAAGUUUGCUUUACAAAAUCUUGCUAACAAAUCUGGGGGCGUGUAAACCAACCUUUUAUACUUUUUAUACAUCACAUCUGACAGUCUGAGGUGAAACAGUACUAUGAGGCGCUGUUUUUAUCAUACAGUCUUCAGGCAGAAUGCAGUAUUUCACAGUAUUUCAUAUAAAUUACACUCAUUCAACAUUCAGGACGAUCGAAGCACGCGUGGGCUUUUAGCGAAACCGCUAAAAAAAUUUCCAAAAUCACCUAUAUAACGGCCAGCCAGUUGCAAGCUGUGGAGUGUUUGAAUGAACAUUAAUAGAGUUACAUUUCAACAUAAUAAAGAAUUUAUUGUUGUUUUUUUUUUUAUUUAAUGGUUUUAUAACGAUGUGUAAACUUAACAAGCGUUUAAUACGCGCGACGUUUUGAGUACUCCUGCAACUGAAAACAUUAACGGCAAAUUGCAAGAGAGACUACUAACAAUCAAUAAAAGAAAUAUACUUCGGUGAAACAUUUACAGAGACAACAAUUUUCAUUCAUAUUAUAGCGAAUAAUCCAAGGAUGGUCCACGGUUCCAACUCGUCUUUAUUACAUUUAUAACGAAUUACGAUUACGGUUGCUAAAAGCGAAACAAAAAAUACAAAUUACUAAGGAAUACAAAUUACAGCUAUGAAACGACGAAAAUACAGGAAACGGAAAGAAACUAAGCGAAAAUACUUACAAACGUUGUGUGACUAGAAACUUGAACGGAAAAAAGGUACGAUGUCUAACAAGACUGGACGAAAAAAACUGCAAUGAUGUUGCCGUGAACGCUAAAGCGAAAUGAAUUAGAAUAAACGAUGAAACUUACAAAAUGAUCUAAGAACAAAGAAAGUUAUGCAGAGAAAUCUAACAGAAUAUAACCUGAGAUCAGGCCCAAUUUGAGCGGUUCUCAUACAUUCUCUCUAACGGCUACCGCUGAAAUUGGGCCUGAUACAAACUAUUAGAAGUUUGUGCUCGUUACGGCCAGAUUUUGGCCGUAACGCUGAUUGGCUGUUAGAACAAUGCCACAAGAUCUGAUUGGCUGUUGGAAACGCCGGAAGUUGGAAGCACUUAUUCCUCGCGUGGUUGUUUUCGUGAAUGAUCCGUCGUCGGUGGAGAGAAGGAUCGAUUUUGCUGUCUUUUUUAUUGUUUUAUGUUCUUAUGGUAGGAAAAUAUGCCUUAAUAUGUGCGAUGGAAAUUCAGAAAAUUCAUGUGGUUGUUCAUAUCUUCUCAGGAUUUGCUUUAAUUACGGAAAGUGAGUGUAUCGCUGAGUUGAAUCCCUCUGCAAGUUGUUGACCGCUAACAAGGUGCAUUUUGAUUUACCAACAAGGGGGUGCAAAUCUGUACUGUCCAUCUUAAAACUGGUUUCACUUGAAAGUUUAGCCGGGAUUGACUUCUCUGAACGGGGUACGCAAGUGGAGGCUCACUGCGAAAGAAACCUCAAUCGCCGACUGUGAAGUAUUAGACGAAAAAUAUCGCAUCGCUGUUCAAGGAAUUUUCAGUGUUCACAGACUGGUUGUUUGACUACGCUUUUUGUUAAAAACAAACCAAGAAAACUGGUGUCCUCGCUCGUUGGCUGUUUGCUUUUGUUUUUAAAGAUUUAUGUACUGAAAAUCGGGGGAAAUUGCCGAGGAAAAUAUCAAGACAACGGAAAAAUAGAGAAUUCAGUAUUUUAAAUUCCAGAGCGCCUAGCCAAAAUAAUAAAACUAGUAGAACAUCUUGUCGCCGUCUUUUCGAAAACUUUUUACCUUCUACUCCAACAGAAGUAACCUUCGAGAUCUCCCUUCUGAAUUGGCCUCUCCAACGUUGUCGUUGCCGUUGCAACCUUCACCGAUCGGACCUGUCCCUUUGAAUCUGGGCGUGAGUCGACAACUCGAGCCAUAUUCCAUUGAUUUCUUGGCACUCUAUCAUCGGCGAUCAAUACAAGGUCCCCUCUUUGAAGGUUUCUCCUCGGGUUGUUCCAUUUCACUCUCUCUUGUAGGGUCUGGACGUACUCCUUUCUCCAUCUCGACCAAAAGACGUUGGACAAAUAUUGAACCCGUUUCCAUCUUCGACGGAGAUAAACGUCGGCCUUCUGGAAGUUACCCGGGGGCGGCAUUACGAUCUUUGAUUUCAUCGUCAAUAGGUGACUCGGCGUUAAAGGAUCCAAAUCUCCGGGAUCACUUGACGGGAAGGUAAGCGGACGGCUGUUGAUGAUGCAUUCUACCUCAGCCAUCAAGGUUCUAAGAGACUCAUCAUCAAGGACGUGACCGUAUUCUCGCAUCAGCACAGACAAGAUGGAUCGAGCAGAUGGUAUCUGACGUUCCCAGACGCCACCCAUAUGAGACGCAGCUGGGGGAUUCCUUUUCCAUUUGAUAACCCAAUCAGAAUUGAAGUCUUUGCUGAGGCGUCUUUGGAUGUCAUCAUGGUCCAUCUCCUCUAGGGCUUUCUUAAGCUCUGUCUGAGCUCCCACAGUGUUGGUUCCCUGGUCUGAUCUGAUCUCGCGUACAGGCCCUCUCCUUGCUAUGAAUCUUCGUAGUGCGUUCAUGAAGGAAUCUGUUUCUAGCGAGUCUGCUGUUUCGAUGUGUACUCCUCUACUGGCUAAGCAAGUAAAUAGCACCCCGUAACGUUUGACUUCUUUCCUGCCUUGCUUCAUUUGAAAGGGACCAAACAGAUCGACACCACAAUAGGUGAAGGGAGGGGCAGAUGUUAUCCUCUCCUCCGGCAGAUCAGCCAUCUUCUGUUCACCGGUUGUUCCUCGAAGACGACGACACACAACACACUUGGAAAUGAGAUGUCUCACAGCAGAAUUCGCGCUAACUAUCCAAUAUCGGCUUCUAAGCUCGUUCAACGUUAUGCCUCUGCCAGCAUGAGCGACUUUCUUAUGAGCGUCGCGAAUGAUAAGCUCGACGAUGAAACUCUUCUUAGGGAGGAUAACCGGAUGCUUAAAGCUUUCCUCGAACUCCUGUGAAUUACCCAGUCUACCACCAACGCGGAUGAGUCCAUCCUUGUCUAGAAAGGGAUCGAGGCGGAACAGGGUACUUGACUUCCUAAUUUCAGACUUCUUCGCUUUCGCGAAUUGGCGAUCGUCCUUGGAAUAUGCUCUUUGAAUCUUCUGUAAGGCUCCCAUUUCCUUGGGAAACGCUCUGCUCUGUAAAAGUUUAAGAAUGGUCUUCUCAGCUCUAUCUAACUCUUCUACCCUCAGAGGCUCGGCUUCAACCUUUGUGGCGUUUCCACCUCUCCUUGUACCAUCGUCAGUAAUACCUUGCUUGGGCUUGAGACGGAGUAUCCAAGCAAUAGAUUUCUUCAGUCGGUGCCAUUCGGAAAAUCGGUUAAGCCUCGUCAGAAAAUCUUCGCUCUCAUCGACGUCCGUGCUGUGUACCAAGAUCCUUUUAACUUCAGGGUCGUCUACAGGGAUAUCGUCUAGGUCACCAGGGAGUUGAGGCCACUCACUCUCAGGUAGCCGUAAGAAGUUCGGACCUGCGGGGAUAAUUCUUGACCGUCAAGACCACGAGAAGCGUCACCUGCAGGAUUCCUUUCGGACUCAACGUACCUCCACUGGUAGGGGUUUGUCACAUCUCGUAUCGUCUGAAGACGGUUGGCGACAAAGACCUGAAAACGCUUCUUUUGGUUACUUAUGUACUUUAACAUGGUUGUGCUGUCUGUCCAGAAGUGCUUGCUAUUAACAGGUUCGUCUAGCUCUCUGGCGAUCAUCUCUACCACACGAACUGAUACAGUGGCUGCGGUUACCUCUAAACGAGGGAUAGUCAUGGUCUUCACGGGAGCAACUCGAGCCUUCCCUAUAAGGAAUGCGCAAUGGACGUCACCUCUCUCGUUUUCCAUUCUAAGGUAGGAUACUUGACCAUAACCAGUCGAACUUGCGUCAGAGAAACCAUGAAUCUGUCUCGACACGACGACCCCAAAGUUAUUGGGCUUCAGACAUCGUUCCAUAGAGAAACGCUCAAGUGCAGGCAACUGGCCUCUCCACCUUUCCCAACGUACGCGGAACUCUUCGCUAAUCUCGUCGUCCCAUCCUAGCUUCGUUCGGCACAGAUCCUGUAAUAUCUUCUUCCCGACUAACAGGAAGGGCGCAGCUAUACCCAGGGGGUCGUAGACGGAAGAUAUGGUUGAUAGUAUUCCCCUCCUUGUUAGUGGCUGGUCUUUGAUGACAAUUCUGAAACCAAACAUGUCCGAUUCGAUUGCCCACUGGACACCAAGAGCUCUCUCCACUGGAUAGUAAUCACUUCCUAAUUCUAACGAUCUAACUUCUGGGGCGCGCACUUCUUCCGGGAUACUUUCAAGAACGUUUUUGCUGUUGCUGACGAACUUUGCCAAAUUAAACCCUCCAUGGGCGCAAGCAUGGCGAACAUCACGUAUCCUUUCGAUAGCGGUAUUUUCUUUUCCUUCGGAGUGCAGACAGUCGUCAACGUAAAAGUUCUUUCGCAGAACAUCUGCGGCCUCCGUUCCAACAAUCCCUUCCGCGUCAUCUGCGGCUUUUCUCAGCGCGAAAUUUGAGCAACUUGGUGAAGACACUGCGCCGAACAAGUGGACGUUCAUUUGAAAUUCUUCAAGGUCUUGUGUUAGGUCUCCAUCAGGCCACCAAAGGAAGCGAAGGAAGUCUCGCUGGCCUUCUGGUACGCGGACUUGAUGGAAAAUUGCCUCAAUGUCCCCCAUAAACGCAAUAGGCUCUUCGCGAAAUCUUGUAAGGACACCAACAAGUCGAUUUGUCAGGUCAGGCCCUUGUAGCAACUUGUCGUUGAGCGAUGUUCCUCCAAAUCUAGCGCUACACUCGAACACCACGCUUAUCUUGUUCGGCUUCUUGGCAUGGUAAACGCCAUGAUGGGGUGUGUACCAGACUUGGCCCGUCUUUGCAGGAAUAAGAUGAGACGGUACCUUCCGAGCAAAUCCCUUGGCAAUGAUGCUACUCAUAAAGUUAACAUAGUCCUUGUAAAACUUCUCAUUCUUAAUAAGCUUCUUUCUUAACCAUAGUGCUCUUUGAAGAAAUUGCUCUCUAUUAUCAGGAAACCAUUGGCUGUCAACGCGGAAAGGAAGGGGAAUUUCAUAAUGAUGAUCUUCCGCGUGACGAAUUCCCUGACUGACUAUCUUCAGAAACUUCAUGUCUUCUCGUGAAUAUUCUUGCUCCUUAUCUUCCGUUCGUUCACUGAAGUCCAGUUCGAGCAUCUUGUUGAGUGCUUGUGGAGUGACGAUCUCCUUAACUCUGCUCUCUACCAUGAAGUGGUGGUAGAGGUGUCUGCCUGAACCAACUUCCGUAGCAGCAACUCUAUGGUAAUUGACAUUUGAAAGCUUCGUGUCGCACAUGUACAGAGGGCCCACUAUUGCCCAUCCAGCAAACGUCCUGAUUGCGAAGGGACCACCAUCUUCACUAGCUAAUACGUCUAUUGGUUCGAGAGCUUUCGGGCAGUUUGAGCCAAUCAGAAGACCAAUCUUGACGUUCGGUAACUGUGUAGGCAGCUCGCGGGCUAUGUUUCUGAGAUGUUUCCAACGAUGGGCAAGUUCAGGCGUAGGUACAUUUGGGGGUGUGCAGAGGUCCUCUUUGGUGAAUAUCUUCGGUAGCUGUAUGGGAUUCUCCCCCUUUAAGUCCGUGACGAUUAAUCCAUUCAAGACCUUAGAGUCGUGCAACUUUGUACCAUUGACAGUCUUCACCAUGAGCUGUGUAUUCACGCCCUUCACCCCCAAGGUAGUCGCGAUAUCGUCAAUAACGAACGAACCGGUACUGCAGGUGUCAAGCAUGGCGUAAGUGAGGACUUCACUUUCAGCAGAUUUCAGCCUAACAGGAACGACAAGAACGGCGGUUACUGAUUCUUCGAUGCCUACAGCGUUGCAGAGGGCUUCUUCCACCUUCGUGUGAGCAUUCAAAACGUUCUCUUUUGGUUGCGGAGGAGUAGAGCUAACCUGUUUGGAGGACUCCUGAUUGAGGGCGAGGCUAUCAUCAUGUAGACCCGUUGGAUGUCGACGUGAGCAGCUCUUACAGGUCCUUCGCUGGGCACAACCGUUGGAUCUAUGUGCAGGACUAUAGCAGGCAAAGCAGAGUGAUUUCUUCUUUAGGAAGUCCUUCCUUUGCGACAAGGAUUUGUUCAAGUAGUCUUGACAGUCGUCCAAAUCAUGGUUCUUGUUGCACAACUUACAGAGGCUAAUGGGAGUGCGUGAGCCUGACUGUUGGUCAGCGGUCACACCUGUGGCGUGACUGAAGGCGUGAUGUGAAGUAACAUUAUGGUUCCCAGGCGUUUUAGACUUGCCAAAGCUUUUACCUCUGCCUUUGCUGGAACGAUCAGGUCGAUCUGAGGUACCAUCCAAACGACGGAGCGCUUCACGAGAGAAGACUGGGUCGGUAGCAAUUCCCGCUUCUGCAUUAACGAAGUUCACGAAGUCGGCAAAGGAGGGGAUCACUCCACCCGCGACUCUCCUUUUAUUUGCUUCUCGGCGCCAUCGGUCUUGAAGCGUAAAUAGAAGCUUGGUUACCAUGCUUUGCAAAUUGUGAGGAUGAUUUAGAAUAGACAAGUCCGGCACUGACUUAGGAAGAUGAAGAAUCUGUCUAAUGCCAACUCGUCCCCUGGUCGGAUGCAGGGCCACUCGUUAAUUUUCUUGAGAUAGGCGUUGGAUAUCUUGUAUGGGUCCCCAUACUUUUCAUUAAGGAGCCUUUUGGCCUCUAGGUACCCACUGUGUCUAUCAAGGUGAAGACAUCCUUUGAUUAGGUCCUUGGGUUUUCCGUGUCAAUACUGCUCUAAGUAUUGCAGACGCACAUCAUUCGCGCUGACCUUAGCCUCUACUUGCGAUUCAAAACUUGUUAUGAAGGUAAAGUACUCCAAAGGAUCGCCACUAAACUUGGUCAGUGUAAGAGAAGGCAGUAAACUCUGUUGUUGCUGCUCCGCUAGUAAUUCUGUUAAUCUGUUCUGUUGUUGAAGAACUUCACAGAACUGCUUAGUGCUCUGAUGUGUGUAGGCCAUGUAUCGAGGUUCACUCGCGAAAGGUUCUUGUUUCGGUUGUCCUAAUGGCUCUGUAUCUUGCUUCAUUUCCGCGACGUGAAACUCAGGUGCAAAAGGAUUCAGACUUGCAUGCUGCAUUGGCUUAGGAGGAGUUUGUAUCAUAGGAGCGUCAUAUAGAUCAGCGGUAAAGCUCACUUUAGUCAUAGUGUUAGACGUAACGGUUGGAGACGUGUAAGCGCUUGAGGAAGUCGGAAGAAACGGCCCAGAUGAAGUAGAUGCCUGUACAGAAGAAUCUUUCGGAGACAAUUCUUGACGACCAGUCAAAUCCGCAUCGCCGACACCCCUUUCAAUUUCAGCGAACACCCCCAACUGCUCUUCGAGGCGUACCUUCUCGACUCUCAACUCCAACUCUUUCCUUUUUUCCAACAUAACAACUCUGGCCAUUAACUCGGCGGCUUUGGCUUUCUCUUUCGCUCUGCUUGAGGUAAUCGAACGGCUAGAAUGUCUAGAUGAUGCCUUUGAACGAUGAGAUGUGGAAUAUAUCGAGCCAACUUGAGAUCUUGUUUCCAAGCUAUGUUCGAUUGUCUCUUUCGCGAUAGAAAUCCAGAGUACAGUUUUGUCUAAGAAGUCGUUAAUCUUUUCACUCUGAUUAAUAUACCAGUCGUUCGCAACGUCCAAAUCCUCCUCGGACUCAAAAUCAUUUAAAAGAGCAGCGAAACCCGACUUGAGUUCUUCCACGGAAAAACGAAAUGAAGUUAAAUUCCUCUCGACGACGUCCACAUUCUCUUCAUCAGUCGCCAAACUAUCGAUUUCCUUCAUUUGACGUUGGAUUCUUCUAAAUAAAGUCUGGCAAUCCGUCCAUCAAACAUGAGCGAUAAAUGCUUUUCCCUUUUCUGUGCGCUGCCUUCGCCUUGUUACACCGGUUGCUAAAGCAGCAUUAGCGAAAUCCAAACUGUCGCUUUCCGUUCCAACUUGUUCCUCGAUUGGAUCCAUAACGUUUCAACGAAAUAUUAUAGCGAAUAAUCCAAGGAUGGUCCACGGUUCCAACUCGUCUUUAUUACAUUUAUAACGAAUUACGAUUACGGUUGCUAAAAGCGAAACAAAAAAUACAAAUUACUAAGGAAUACAAAUUACAGCUAUGAAACGACGAAAAUACAGGAAACGGAAAGAAACUAAGCGAAAAUACUUACAAACGUUGUGUGACUAGAAACUUGAACGGAAAAAAGGUACGAUGGCUAACAAGACUGGACGAAAAAAACUGCAAUGAUGUUGCCGUGAACGCUAAAGCGAAAUGAAUUAGAAUAAACGAUGAAACUUACAAAAUGAUCUAAGAACAAAGAAAGUUAAGCAGAGAAAUCUAACAGAAUAUGAAUAGUGAUAACUGAAAAGAAUGUGAAAGGAAUGUGCAACUAUACAAAGAACUAAACGCUAAACAUGUUGACGUGCAAUGCGGCCGUAAUAAUUCACGAAGACAAUUAAGUAUUAAAGUGUCUCUAAGAAUCCUGAGUCUUUCUGCUUAAAGCCUAAGUUUAUGUUUUAAAGCCGGCUUCCCGGUGUUUGCUGUUUUCAAAGAUGAACUCGAGGCGAGAAAAUUGCUCAAAGCUUUCUUUCUACAGCCAAAAUAAAAACGCAACGUUUUUUUCUUUCUAUUUGCGGUGAGAAAAUAUCGACUAAAGACUUUUUAAAGUUCUGCAAGCUUAAAUCAAACCUCAUGCUAUACGUCAGAUAUCUCAAAUCUUAAUUCAAACAUGCAUAAACUAUAGCCUCAUAAACUGCGCUCGGCUUCAUGAAAUUAGAUAUAUGAAAAAAACAAACACAAAUACAAUAAUUGCUCAGGCAGCUCCUGGAAGCUACAUCGCUUCAGACUUUUCAAUCAAGCAAGGUGAAAAACGAAAACGAAUCGAUGCCAUCCGAAAUCGGAUUUCCGACUUUGACAGGCGACGUAUUUCUCAACCAAAAACCCAAUAGACAAACUAGCCAUGAAUAACAGAAGACUCUUGAUAGUAGCUGAAUUUCAUUUCGUACAUCAAGUAGAAAAAGACAGUUAAAAACAUGACAACUUGACACAAAACUUUGUCAGCUUCAGCUGUAAAAGUAAACAACUUUCAAGAUGCUGCAUAAACUUUCCGCUUGAACUCACCUGUCAAAUUUUGACCAAUCAGAGCAUAAACAUUGGACGUAGAGCGUGACCAACGCGUUCACGGACGACUGAAAACAACAACUGGCAAAGCGAUCAUUUAAGAACGAGAUCUUGACAAACAAUCAAGACAAGAAAUAUAAUACGAAGAAACAUUUAAAGGUCAACAAUUUUUCGCGAAGACGUGUUUUGAGAGUAAAGCUGAGUCACGAAUAGAUUUAAAUUAAGCCUUAAGUUUUAAGCCGCCUUCGCCGUGUUUGCUAUUUUGCAAGAUGAACUCCAGGCAAGAAUAUCGCUCAAAGUUUUCUUUUUACAAACAAUAGGAUAACUAAACUAUUUUCUUGAGCCCCUAAUCAUCUGUGAGCAAUUCAUAGACAAGAAGAAAACAAUGGUAACUUCUGGUAACUUUUUUAUCAGAUACUGUUAUGCAUAAGUAUAUUCAAAGCUGAAUUUACACAUAACUGGGCCCGAUAGAAAGAAAACAAAAAGAACUUGCGGUGAACACAAAAGUCGGCCAGCUUUUUCUUUUAGGUCUUUUCUUGAAACAUUAUUUUGUUGACUCUAACAUCCGUAACCUGUAAAUUGGCUACCGUAGAGUAUCGUGCAUAAAAAAGAUUUUUUCCCUUUAUAUUGUUUUCAUAUCAGUCAUUUUCACCCAGUUACCUUGAACCCCAAAUCAUUUUCCCCUGUCGCGACAUUGGACCCGCGACCGCGACUUUGGACUCGCGACCGCGACAUUGAAUCCGCGACCGCGACAUUGGACCCGCGACCGCGACUUUGGACCCGCGACCGCGACUUUGGACCCGCGACACGCGACCCGCGACUAUUAGUCAAACUCUUUGACAAGUUUGCUUUACAAAAUCUUGCUAACAAAUCUGGGGGCGUGUAAACCAACCUUUUAUACUUUUUGUACAUCACACCUGACAGUCUGAGGUGAAACAGUACUACGAGGCGCUGUUUUUAUCAUACAGACCUCAGACAGAAUGCAGUAUUUCACAGUUUUGAAAUAUGAAUUGCAGUCAUUCAAUAUUCAGGACGUCAUCACCUAUAUAACGGCCGGCCAGUUACAAGCUGUGGAGUGUUUGAAUGAACAUUGAGAGAGUUACACUUCAACAUAAUAAGGAAUUUAUUGUGUUUUUUUUUUAUUAUUUAAUGGUUUUAUAACGAUGUGUAAACUUAACAAGCGUUUAAUACGCGCGACGUUUUGAGUACUCCUGCAACUGAAAACAUUAACGGCAAAUUGCAAGAGAGACUACUAACAAUCAAUAAAAGAAAUAUACUUCGGUGAAACAUUUACAGAGACAACAAUUUUCAUUCACGAAGACAAUUUAUUAAGUAUUUAAGUGUCUCUAAGAAUCCUGAGUCUUUAUGCUUAAAGCCAAAGUUUAUGUUUUAAAGCCGGCUUCCCGGUGUUUGCUGUUUUCAUAUAUGAACUCGAGGCGAGAAAAUUGCGCAAAACUUUCUUUCUACAGCCAAAAUAAAAACGCAACGUUUUUUUCUUUCUAUUUGCGGUGAGAAAAUAUCGACUAAAGACUUUUUAAAGUUCUGCAAGCUUAAAUCAAACCUCAUACUAUAGGUCAGAUCAUUAUCUCAAAUCUUGAUUCAAACAUGCAUAAACUAUAGCCUCAUAAACUGCGCUCGGCUUCAUGAAAUUAGAUGUAUGAAAAAAACAAACACAAAUACAAUAAUUACUCAGGCAGCUCCUGGAAGCUACAUCGCCUUAGACUUUUCAAUCAAGCAAGGUGAAAAACGAAAACGAGUCGAUGCUAUACGAAAUCGGAUUUCCGACUUUGACAGGCGACGUAUUUCUCAACCAAAAACCCAAUAGACAAACUAGCCAUGAAUAACAGAAGACUCUUGAUAGUAGCUGAAUUUCAUUUCGCACAUCCAGUAGAAAAAGACAGUUAAAAACAUCUCAAGUUGACACAAAACUCUGUCAGCUUCAGCUGUCACAGUAAACAAGUUUCAAGAUGCUGCAUAAAUUUUCCGCAUAAACUCACUUGUCAAAUUUUGCCAAUCAGAGCAUAAAAAUUGGACGUAGAGCGUGACCAACGCGUUCACGGACGACUGAAAACAACAACUGGCAAAGCGAUCAUUUGAGAACGAGUUCUUGACAAACAAUCAAGACAAGAAAUGUAAUACGAAGAAACAUUUAAAGGUCAACAACUUUUAUUCCCGAAGACGUGUUUUGAGAGUAAAGCUGAGUCACGAAUAGAUUUAAAUUAAGCCUUAAGUUUUAAGCCGCCUUCGCCGUGUUUGCUAUUUUGCAAGAUGAACUCCAGGCAAGAAUAUCGCUCAAAGUUUUCUUUUUACAAACAAUAGGAUAACUAAACUAUUUUUCAGAACUUUUUCUUCUAGUCGCGGUCAGAAAAUGUCUAAAGACUUUUUAAGUUCUUUACUAGGUCAGAUAAAUUGAUUCAAACCUUACAAAUGUGCGUAAAAUGACGGCAUAAACAUGAAAAAAGAAAACACAUAAAAUGCAAUAAAAUUACUCAAGCUUACCGGUCGAGAUGCAGCACGGAAACCCAUCAAGUAAGGCCAGAAUCGCUUAAGAUUUUUCGCAUGGUCCAGCAAGGCGAAGUAAGCUUACUAAGAGUAGCUUAUUUUUGAAAACGAUGAUUCCCGAUUUCUUUUUGUCGUGCGGCGCAUUUCUCAACCACAACCCAGUAAACAAGCCAGCCAAGAAUAACAAAAGAAUGUUGAUAGCUGCUGUAUUUCAUUUUGUAGAUCCAGUGCAAAAAUACAGGUAAAAACAUCAAAAGAUGACUCAAAACUCUGUCAGCUUCAGCUAUCAGUGAACAAGUCGCAGAGUGCGUAAAUUUUUCACUUGAAUCCUCUUCGCUAGCGCGCCUGUUAAUUCUUACUCUAUGCUUUUCUCUUCUUCUCUUUCCCGUCGCUUUUCACUUACAAGCAAAUAGUUUGAAUCCAAUCCGCAAUUGUUUGUUGCCAUAACAAUUUCUUCGAAACAGUUUACUAGAAACUGAGCUCUCCGGACACAAAAUCCUUAUGCAAUGAAGUAGUUCCGUUGAAGUAAACAUGUUUUUGAACGCGACGACAGCAACGUCAUUUUUUGCGCGAUUUCCCGCCAAGAAACAGGUGGGUUGCACAAAUGCAUCGCGCGAUUUAUAACAUGCUCCUCCCCCGGACGGGCUGACACCUGAUUCCCCUCCCUCCCCCGCAAAGAGUGUACGGGCGUACGCUACGUCAUAACCAAAUUUUCUCGGAUGGAUGGUUUACCAAAUUAUAUUACCCAUGGUGCUCCGCUGGCGCGCUUGUAGCGCCGGAGCUCCGCUGUAAUAUUCAAGAGCAGAUCGUUUUUCUUGUAGAAAAUGUACUGUACUCUAACGAGAGCCUAUUGAGUAUUCCUUGCCGGGAUGGUACAGUAACAAGGAAUGAUCAAAGCACUGAACAAGACUCAUUUAAAAAGACUCAAAAUUUGUUAUGUUUGUCACAGAUUACCUUUGCCAGUUGUCGACAAACAAGAUUCGUUUCAGGUUUUAUAAUGAAGUUAAAUGAAAUUUAACGCAGUUAACAACAAGGAGAGCGGUAACGUGUUGUCAGUCAGCUGUCAGUGCGUGGUGGCUCAAGCGUGGUUAGCCUUGCUUGCAUCAUCUCCAUGUGAUUUGUACAGCAGAAAUCUAGUGAUUGAUUAGGGAUAUUCUUUUCUGCAGUUCAGUACGCGGUUCAUAAAACCUCGCAAUCCCUCAAAGUAACGACUGUAGGGGGGCCUUGAAAAGUUUUAGUAUUGCUAGGCUAUCUGUUCUCCAAUACAGUGGAACCCCGAUAUAACGAUAUGCCAAGGGAGCAGCGGAAUUAGAUCGUUAUAUCGAGGUAUCGUUAUAUCGAGACUCCCGAUAUAACGAUAUUGCCGUAAAAUAACCGAAAAUAUCGUUAUAUCAGGGUAAAAAGAACAUGUACUUUUUUACUUCAUAUUGUUUAAUUAAACUUUUAAUGAGUAUCAAAUGACUAACAGAUGUAGCUUUUCAAGCACGCAGCAAUGUCCUUAAACAAUUUGCAAAGCAUUAGACGUUAUCAAGGUUACACAACAGAGUCUGUGGUAUAAAACAAAACAAAACUUAAACAUUUGAAGUUGCGACUGUAAUCGUCUUUACUUUUUGCUGUUUGCGUGUUCGUUAAUUUUCUUUUUUAACACUUGUUCAUUAAUUAAAGUACUCUUAAAGUUUGGUUUGCCUCAUUUGUUUUAUUUGCAAUCUUGAAAACGCAUCCUCCAUCGCUGAAAGAGAGGAAAGGAAUUCUCUCUCUCGUUCGCCCGAAUCAUCCAGCGUAAUAAUAAAAUCUCUAAUUGCUUACUUUUUGUCACAAGAAGGGGUCAAAAAUACUAAAACUGAAAGAACUACUAAAUGACAAGGAGGAUAAAGAGGCAUCGUAAACUGAAAGCUGUCGACAGAAACUUUACAGAUUACUGUACUCGAUUACUGUAAUGUUAUUGUAUUAAAUACAAUGUUUUGUUUAAAUUGUAUCUGUGUACUGAUACUGUAAUAUCGUUAUAUCGGGGAAGAUUUUACGCUCGGUGCGCUAAAAACUCAUCGUUAUAUCGGGAAUAUCGUUAUAUCGAAGAUCGUUAUAUCAGGGUUCUGUCCCAUACAUUUUACUGUAACUUCUGCCGGAACAUAGCAUAUUUAUCGUUAUACCGGGGAUAUCGUUAUAUCGAGGAUCGUUGUAUCGGGGUUCCACUGUAAUUGUCUUUGUUUCUAGCCGUAAGCAGGAUUUCUUGUUAGUGUAUUUAGCUUUAAGAAUACUCUUUUGUAUAAUAAUCUUUUAUAAAUUACCAAAAUAUCUUCGGCACAGUUAACAGGACAAAAGUUGUUGCUACGGAUGGUGAUUGAAACUGGAAAAAAAUGGGCCAACUUUUUCACACGUUUUAAUGCUAUGCCUUCAGAAAUCAGAAAAAAAUAUAUAUUAUUAUGGUUAGUGCUCGUUAAUGAAGAUUGUUUGAUCUUCUUCAUAACACUACUGGAGUAUUUUGUUUCAGUAAUGACUUCAGCACAGAAUUGAGCUAAAAGAGAGCUACCUUAGUAGUAGUUAAUUUCGUGAUUUUGGUAAGACAGUAUUUCGCGGGGUUUUAUUUUCGCGAUUUCGCUGGGCAAUUAUGAAAAAAGGCAUUAGAUUUUGCGAUUAAAGCGUGCUCAACCUGAUUUUAUUUUUCAAACGUCUGAAGUUUUUAAAAUAUCGAGAUAAAAUGAAACAAGAAAAACGCAUAUUAACGUUAUUUUACCACAGAAGGCACAGUCAAGGAAUGGAACUUACCAGUUAACCGGCCAAUAAUUUGUCGGUAUUUGUGCAAUAUAUAUUGUAGUUGUUUCAUUUUUUUCUGUGAUUUCAAUUUUGUGUAUGGGUAUUUAAUUUCGCUUGUUUAAAUCUCGCGGGGAUAUUUAUUCGUGGGUCUUCAAUUUAGCGAUUUUUCCACAAUUGCGAAAACCGCGAAAUCAGUACCAAUAAAUUAACAAUAUACUCGUGACGUAAUCCCUUUAAUGUUGGUAAUUGAUUUAAUUGUAGGCGCCGGCGCAGCAAAGACAGCAAAGAGAUCCAGGUCUUCGAGAAAAGGCAAAAGGCCGUUAUCAAAACAACUGAAACUGUUGAAAGAGGAAGGUAAUGUUCGUUUCUGGAUUAUUUAGAGUAAGGGUUGGUGUGGCAUUACAUGUGUAUGAGAGAGUUUAGGAUGGUCUUGUGUCAUCGGUCUCGUGUCUCUAAAAUACGGCUUCACAAGUUGUAUAGCUUACGAAAUAAGAGUGUGACAGUACUUCCCGCCUGCACAACUUGACUCAUCCCCAUUAUUCUCGCAGCCCUAUCGCCUAAACAAAAGCACUCCUGAAAUAAAGCGUUUGUCUGGGUUGCUUUCCUCUGCUGCACAGGGCAGUGGCUUUGUUAUUUAAGUCCCCCUUUCUAGCUGGAAAUCCUGAUCAAGCUAUAGUUUCGUAGCCUCGGUUACACUUAGAGAAAAUCUUGAGAUUCUCACGUCUGAAACACUCUCCAAACUUCUAGCGUACUUUGUAACACGAUAUGCUUAGCGUAAGGUACAAGUAGAACGAGGCCACAUUUAGGCCUAGACCCUGGUUAUGCUUUUAUCACGUUACUUUCAGUGUAAGAAACUGACUAUUUAGCGCUAGCCUCUUGUCAGUCAGAUCAGCCUCCUACGCAGACCUUUUAAGGGGUUCGUGACGCCCUAGGAAAGUCUGCGUGAGAGGCUAGGCUGCUGAAAAUCCAACCACAUUCCUUACCCUUUGUAGUUGCGGUGUAAUGAACAAACCAAUCACUUGUCAGAAAAUUGAGAGUGAUCUCAGUUCUGUUUUGGAACGCAAAUGAUUUGUACAUUUUUUUUUUAAGAAGUAAACGUUAAAAGUGAAAUGUUUUUACAGAGAGUGUAUGCCACACAGUUUUCAUAAAAAUGUAAGCGUUGACUGCAUUUUCUUUUUCGCCAAAUGUUACCAUUGUCUCGGUGAAGCUUAUUCUGUCACGGAAGGUAUUUUAAUUUAUGUCAUCAAAAACAUUUACUUGUAUAGACUAUAUAACAUACUUAUUUGUAAGCAAAAUAAGGAGAAUUCUGCUUACUGUGGAGAAGCAUGUCACAGUGAGAUUACUCCGUUCGGAAUGUUAAGUCUUUACGUUUGUGUUUAUUGGCAAAUAUUCCCUCACCUUUUUGUUUCCAGCAGGUUGGGACAACUCGGUUGUUGUUGAACUGCUCAAAGCUGAAUACAAAAGGCGCUAUCAGUUGAGACCUCUUCUUUGGGACAGCACCAUCGAGUUACCCCUAGAGAACGUUUACACGAGACUGAAAAUCGUCUCAAGACGAAAGUUGGCCAUCCAGAUGGAAGACAACAUGGCGAAUAUGUUUGACGUCAGAGCUCCUGAAAAAGGUGAGGAUGUCGAAACACUAGCAGAGGGAAGUCCAGACGUGAGGGUGGACGCGAAUAAUGAGUUGAAUGUGUACGAUUUCUUCAAAGCUUCUGAUAAAGUUGAGGGUAACAUGAGGCUGGUAAGGGGACGACAAUCAGACUUAGCGAGUGAAAAUGACGAGGUGAACGUGGCUGAAAUUUUCAAGUUCCUUGAAAAAGGUGAAGAUGUCAUGACGCUUGUUGAAGGAAGUCCAGGAAUCGGUAAAACUACGUUUUGCCUUAAACUUGCUUAUGACUGGGCAUUUGGAAAAAUCUUAACGGAGUGUUCCUUUCCCAAGUUUGAAGUUGUAUUGCUCCUCAAAUGCCGAGACAUUGAUGGAGAUAUAAUGGAAGCUAUCAGUGAACAACUUUUGCCCAGAGAUAUUGAGAAAAAGAUUGUAGAGAAAUUGUUACACUCCUUGGAGGACAUUCAUAACCAGGAGAGAAUUUUGAUCAUUUUGGAUGGUUUGGAUGAGCUGCCUGAAAAAUCCCAGCACCAUGUAGAUGAGCUGCUUAACAGAAGAAUUUUACCAUUUUGCUAUGUCUUGGCUACGUCACGACAAGAAAGAGGAAUUGAAGCGCGAAAAACCUUUGUCUUUGACAUUCAUUUAGAGAUUAAAGGGUACACGGAAAGUGAUACUAUUGAGUACGUAAGAAGACACUUUAAAACCAUUGGUCAGUCACCAAAGGGGGAGAGGCUCAUUGAGGAAAUGGAACAGAACACCUUUUUACAUGCACUUCGAAGUAACCCGUUAAAUUUAGUUCUCCUUUGUGUUGUUUAUGAAGACUAUGAAGGAAAAUUGCCAUCUUCUCGGACGGAACUUUACCAAGUCAUUGUGCAAUGUCUUUUGAGACGAUAUUGUGCAAAACACAAUCUAGCAGUACCGGAAGAUAACAACACUUUACAGAAACGUUUUGAAGAAGAUGUUCUUGCUCUUGGAGAGCUGGCUUGGGCGUGCCUGCUGAACGAUCGUCAAUCGUUUCGCGAAGGAGAAUUGGCAGAACGUGAAGUCAGAAAUAAAAACCUGGUAGCGCGCAAAAUAGGCCUUCUUUACAUGGAAGAAAGUCUGAAGAGAAUAAGCCCACAACACGAGUACUGGUUUCUUCACAAGACCUUCCAAAAAUAUUUGGCUGCUGCUUUUAUCACGCACAAGUUACUAAGAGGAGAGUUUAAUGUGUUUGAGUACACGACGUUUGAUGAUUUGGUCGGGAAGUACUCACAGGUUUUUCUUUUUGUUUCUGGUAUGCUGGGCGAGAAAGCAACCGUGUUAUUCACUCAGAUCGGGGAGAAGUUAAAUGAGAAGGGAGACUGGGACUGGAACAAGUGCAGCGAGCAGGCAGCAACGUUCUUUGUGGAAAGCUUUAGAGAAAGUGGACACGCUGAGCAAAUGGCAACUACUCUUUGUAGCAAUAUACCUUUUCCAGAGGAAAUAUUUCUUCUUGAUAAAGAUGUUUAUCCCUUUGUUCGGGUUUUAAUAGCUUGCAAAAGUUUUUCAAACUUACAGUCUCCAGUUAAACUUACGGCUGCAGUUAGGGGGAUUGAUAUAGAAAAUGACGACGUUGUAUUUCAUUGUAUAGAAUGCAUCUCCAAGCUGACAACCGUUAGGCUUGAACUUCCCGGCACUUUUCGGCAGGGAUCACCUAAUAAGGAUCGUCUUUAUAAAUGGUUAUCCGCAAGCAAGAGUUUAUCGGAGUUUACUCUCAAAUCGGUAUCACCGGAUUACAGCGAAGACUUUCCUCUUCUAUUGUGCAAUGGGUUGGCUUCUUGUCAAAGCCUGACAAAAGUAAAGUUUACACUGUCUGGUGAGAAUAGCGGGGCUUAUUUCAAUGCUGUUGACUUUAGAUUGCCUGUUGACAACCCGCUGUCGUCUGCGAUUGUUCUCGAGAUAUAUGGCUCAAUGAGUCAUACUGCAAUACAAGCCUUACAGAAGCUAUUAACAAAUAAAUCUUUGAUAUCCCUUUCCCUUUACAUUUGUGGAGAUGUGCGGGAUUUAUUAGUUGCUGCUGUCAGUAAUGCUCUCGCAAAGCAGACAGCUUUGAAAUCUAUUGAUCUACGUCUUGGUGGAAAGUUGAGUUCGUCUUGUGUCAAUAUCCUACAAAAAAGUCUGUUGGAAAAUACUUCUUUGAAUUAUUUUAAAGUGGUCGUCCUCGGUGAGGUCCCUGAUAACUGGCAGUCUGUUAUGGAAACCCUUUAUUCGGCAAAGAAGUCCCUAGUUACCUAUGUCUUUUGUCCUUUUACCGUGGGCAACAUAGCAGAAGAGCAUAUUGACCUUGUUUUGGCUGAAAAUGGAUUAGUGCCAAAGCAACACUUGACUGUUAGUAUUUGGGGUAAGCUGAGUUGUGAAGAGGCAAAAGCUCUAUGCAAAGUCUUGGUAAGUUCCUCCCUUGCUCUUUUGACCUUAAACGUGCACGGCAACUUGACUGAUGAUGUAAUUAUUUCCAUCGCAAGUGGCUUGAAAGGGUGCAAGACACUCUCUUUCCUGUUUGUCAACAUCUGGGGCAAUUUGUCAUUGCAGGGACGAACAAUUCUCUCCGCACUAACAAACCUUAGGGUUCAUUUAGAUGAGUAUGCAACACCAGAAGAAUCGAACCUUUUGCUUGAUAUCUCUGUCGAUAAUCGUUCGGCACUGAAAUCGUUUUUCGCUGAAGUCAAGGAUACAAGCAAAGAAAAAGUCAGUCUUGCAAUCAACGACAAAGGUGAUGCCAUUAAGGAAUGGGCACAUCACCUAAGUGAUGCUUUGGCAGAAAACACGUCGCUGACUUCUCUUGACCUUACAUUAAACAACUGCUUGAUGGAUGGAAACUUAGGAGAAGGCGUUGGGGAAUGUUUAGUGCAAAGUACUUCAAUAAAAACUCUUAGUCUCACAAUCAGCUGCAGUGACAUAAAAGAAUUGAUACGUACACUGAGUGCCUGCUUUGCUAAACGAACUUCUUUUACCACACUCAACCUGGAAAUAAACGACUACAGUGAGGAAGCUGGGUUACGCCGGGCUAAAGUGACUAACAGUUUGGCGGCAAUCAAACCAUUAUCUACCCUGUCUGUUGCAGUUCAUAGUGAUAGCAUGGUUCCAUUUUGGGAAAGGGUUGUGAGUGACUGUUUGCGAAAGUGUACUUCGCUUAAAAGUCUCAGUCUUGUAAUCAAUACAGGUCAUCACAUGGCGAGGGAUAGUACUUAUACCUUUAGGGGCGCUUUAGCUGAAACAACCCUAUUAAAUACACUCAGUCUGGCAGUGUAUGUUAACAGAUUUCUGAAUUCUAACGAGUCUUUAUUAGCAUGCGUGGAUAAAUUAAGUCCGUCAUUAACCACCCUUACGGUUACUCUGUCACUUGGUGAGCUCGUGGAGAAUAAGCGUACUGCAUACGCAGCUGCCAAAGGGUUCAAAAGAGGAUUGUCAAAGAACAAGUUUAUAACUACAUUAAAUCUCACUAUAAAUGAAUUCGGUGAAGGCAUAUCGCAUAUAGGAUCGCUUUUACGGUACCUUGGAGUGUUUGAAGGUUUGGCACAAAACACAUCAGUAACCACAUUCAAUUUGACACUCAGCAGUAGCAGAGAAGUGAGUGAUGACUGGUUACCAGGCCUUUGCGACGCUUUGAAGAAAAACACCUCAUUGACAACACUGGGAUUGAAAAUCAACAACCAUUGUACUACAGGUAAAAGUCGUUUAUAUGACUUAAGAAAACUGGCGUUAGAAAGCAAAUCAUUAUACUCACUUGAACUCGACGUAAGUUUUUAUGGAAAAGAAAGUGAGUAAUAAAGGCUUUUAUUCAGUAGAAGAAUACAACUACGAUUCGUGGGCUUCAAACGGCAAACAACUGUCAGUAUCGAGUGCGAUUUGUUCAAACUAGAAAUGUGGCUUGAAAUAGAAAUAUAUCACCACGUACUAACCUGAAGUCGCUCCGGCACGUCAUUCGUUCAUUCAGUGAAUCUUAAUGACAGAUUCUAACUCUAAUUCCAAUUCUAAUCGUAUAAUCUGCAAAGUGUAUAUCCCAUCACUGGAGAUACUUUUUAUACGUUUGCUAAGCCAAUCAAACACUGCUCGUUUUUGUCUAGUCGUCUAGCUAAACUAAUCUUAUUGCUGCCUUAAGUUACGGCCACGCGUGAUUAUAUGAAGACACGGAAAGUCAUUCUGUUUCAAGCCACAUCACACACGUUUCCUUUGAUACUGGGAAUUUUUUUUCCUGUAAAAGCCCGGUCAGUAGUCCGUUAUAUUCACACUGUUCUGUAUAGUGUUAAAUGUUGCCUGAGAUAAUCUGAGGACGGGUAAGAUUUUUUUUCGUUUCCUGUUUGUUUUUAGUUCCUUUUUUAAAAACGACUUUACUGUGACCUUCUGCUAUAUAUCAAAACUGAACUGGACUUACUUUCAAUUUAGAAUCGUUACAUGUUUGAUUCGAGUCAUUUGAAGAUGUUAGCAUCAACAACGAGUACGAGUACGAGUACGAGAACGACUUCAAGCCGUACUCGUACUCGAAGUCGUUUUCUCAGCUUUCUAUGUUAGCGAUGACACCGAGUUCGAGUUUAUAGAAAACAAAAUUAUGGGAUUCCGCAUGACUGGGCGCCAAAUUUGAGUCGAAGUAGGGGUUAUUUCGUGAGCCUGUGAGGCCUGUGGAGAGACAUGAAACUUUCCCGGGUAAAGGCAAGUUUACUCUGUGUAGGAAAUAUCGCGUUUGGUUGCUUUUCCUCGACUUCAAAAGCAGUAUUUUACAUAAAACAUAAUCUAAGGAAUGUUCAAGAUGAUAAAGAGAGGCUAGAAACGAAAAGAAACUGCAUUAAACGAUUGGAAUUUACCUUUGAAAACCAGCUCCUCUCAGUCGUUCUAUCCACUUCGAGUAUUUGGUGAGAACUCGUCGUAGUGCAACUUGACAGGACGACUUGAAAACGUGGAGAUGCGCAGAACCGAUGUGCAGUACGCAAAAUCGCUGAUCUCGUUCUAGAACUCGUACUCGUUGUCGAUGCUAACAUCCUUUAUUGUCACAUCUAUUUCCAUCGUAGUCUUCACUACUCAAGCGUGAUCACCUUCAGCGGUGUCUGAACUGUAAACAACUUUUGUGCGUUUUGAUUACACUAACUGUACAAGCACGCACGCACGCAAGUGUGUCUAUACAGCAUAGUUUGAAUGUGACGUCAGUUUGGAAAUUGCACCCUAUUGCUCAGUCUCGUUAAAUCGUCCAUGGUCAAUUCAAAUUACAUGGUUGUACGAUGUAACCCAAUCCCAAGCCUUAUGACUUCGUUAAAUGUUGGAGUUCGUUUGUGUGACCAAGGUUAAUACAACAUGAGUUACUAGUAGUUUGAGAGUUUGAUGAAUAUUGUAACUGAUGAUUGUGACUUGUACGCCAUCUGGUCCAGUGUGACCAAGGUUAAUACAACAUGAGUUACUAGUAGUUUUAGAGUUUGAUAAAUAUUGUAACUGAUGAUUGUGACUUGUACGCCAUCUGGUCCAGUGUGACCAAGGUUAAUACAGCAUGAGUUACUAGUAGUUUUAGAGUUUGAUAAAUAUUGUAACUGAUGAUUGUGACUUGUGCGCCAUAUGGUCCAGUGUGACCAAGGUUAAUACAACAUGAGUUACUAGUAGAUUUAGAGUUUGAUAAAGAUUGUAACUGAUGAUUGUGACUUGUACACCAUCUGGUUCAGUGAGACCAAGGUUAAUACAACAUUAGUUACUAGCAGUUUUAGAGUUGAUAAAUAUUGUAACUUAAAAUAGUGACUUGCGCGCCCUCUGAUCCAGUGUGAUCAAGGUUAAUACAGCAUGAGUUCCUUGUAGUUUUACGGAUUGUUAAAUGUUGAAACUAACGAUUGGUAUAGUAUUCCUAUAUUUCAAUAGAGUUUGUAUGAUAGUUUGAUAAAUGUUGUAACUGAUGAAUGUGACUUGUAAACCAUCUGGUCCAUUGUGGCCAAGGUUAAUACAACAUUAGUUGCUAGUUGUUUGAUUUUAGAGUUUGAUAAAAUUAAUGUCGUAAUUAAAAAUUAUUAGGGACCUUAGGCAACUAGAACGUUGACGUACCGGAAGUCAAAAAUGACAACCGCAAGUUGAUACUUCUUCGUUGCAGUGCUCUAAACAAAGGCAUUCAGAUUCAAUGUGUGCGACCGAAGCGUUCCAUCAAGCAUCAAACGAGACAUCGAACUUCUGGUUGCUAUUCAUGACGUCCCGAAGGUCAGCGUUCUCGUUGCUUAAGUUCGUUAUCACUUGGACUUAAAAUUCUGCGAGGCCAAGUUUGAUAGAAAUGAUAACUUUGCAUGUUUUCCAUUAGAAAAAAAUGUUCUUUAGUGACGUUUGUACGGUUAUGACAAAUUGAUGGGGAAAAUGUAAUUUACUUUCGAAGAACGUACCUUUUUACUAUGACUUAAUAUCGUCAAGUCGAUUGCGAUUAAUUGUGAAUCGACUGCAUCUGGUUUGUGGAUGCAAUGAACAUUUUUUACAAGCAAGUAAAAGAGAACAAUGCUGACUAUGUUUAGCUUUAAUUGCAACAAUUUUAGUCAUUCAGAAUUGUAUAAUUCAUUUUUCAACUGUAUUAAAGAAAUUCUCAUG